CCGCCCCCUCCCCCUGCCUCCUCCUCUCUUGCCUGCAGCCGAGCGUCCCCUUCCCCCACUGUCGGGUUUCUCCGCGGCUACUGCAGAGGAUUCAGAGCCGAGUAGCUGAGGAGAAGGAGGAGGAGGAGGCUCCCGUCCCUGCGCGCCAUCCACCACCCUACUGGACACGGACGAGGGAACGAGAGCGUCGCCGCUGUAGCCUCCGGAGAAGACAAGGGCACCGUCGCCUCAGCUGCCGCCGCCGCCGCCGCGGUUUUCGCUUGCAGCAGCUCUCCGGAUCCUCUGUCUUCCACAAUGAACCCUGUUUACAGCCCCAUGCAACCUGGGGCUCCUUACGGCAACCCUAAGAACAUGGCCUACACUGGUUACCCCACAGCCUACCCGGCAGCUGCCCCUGCCUACAAUCCCAGCCUCUACCCGACCAACAGCCCCAGUUAUGCUCCAGAGUUUCAGUUCCUGCAUUCAGCUUAUGCCACUCUGCUGAUGAAACAGGCCUGGCCACAGAACUCAUCUUCCUGUGGCACUGAAGGCACCUUCCACCUCCCAGUGGACACCGGGACCGAGAACCGAACUUACCAAGCAUCCUCUGCGGCUUUCAGAUAUACUGCAGGGACACCAUACAAGGUCCCACCGACCCAGAGUAAUACUGCUCCACCCCCCUACUCCCCAUCACCCAAUCCCUAUCAGACGGCCAUGUAUCCAAUCAGAAGUGCCUACCCCCAGCAGAAUCUGUAUGCCCAGGGAGCCUACUACACACAGCCCGUGUAUGCCGCCCAGCCCCAUGUCAUCCACCACACCACAGUUGUCCAGCCCAACAGCAUCCCCUCUGCCAUCUACCCAGCUCCUGUUGCUGCCCCCAGGACCAACGGUGUGGCCAUGGGCAUGGUGGCAGGAACCACCAUGGCAAUGUCAGCAGGUACCCUGCUGACCACACCCCAGCACACUGCAAUUGGGGCACACCCUGUCUCCAUGCCCACGUACAGGGCCCAAGGAACCCCUGCGUACAGCUAUGUGCCCCCGCACUGGUAAAGCCUGCAGCCCAUCCAAAUCUGGAGUCACAUUGUAUGCAACUACUCAAGUCUUACACCGGUGCUGGAGCAGUCCCCUAGCAGCACCGCCUCUAUUUGCAAGAAGAGACAACGGAAGUGCAAGGGUCACUUUAUGCAUCUUUAAUGAUUUUGAUUUUGAUUUUUGGUUUUUGUAAAAGCUGCUUUUUCUAAUCUCCUAGGAGCCUCCCCCUCGUGCCUCCCUCUUAGCCACUGCCCUUCUGGCUCUAGCCCCUCUUCCUACCUGACCAGGCCCAGUCCUCUCUGCACUUCCUUCCUGCCCUAAGCAUCCUGUCCCUAGGAUCCCAGUCUAGUAGCAAGCAGAGAGUGAGGUUUAUUGCGAUGGUUCAUGUAAAGACUAGAUUUCAUCUAGAGAGCAUAACAGAUGUGGCCCUCAGGUCUGGGGUAGGAACUCGGGGCUGUUGAGAAGGCCACAUCUCUGUCAGAUCGUCAUUUUGCUGAAGCAAGAUUCGUUCAAAUACGAAGAAAUAUCUUCCAAGAACCAUCGCAACAGACCAAGAACAAACCCACCUGGUUAUGUAGGAAUGUUAUCAGCAGCUUCAUGUCCCAGGCUCAGAACCUGGGAAAGCAGAGAAUCUGGGGAAGGGUAGAGGGAGGGAGUGUGAAGAAAGGGCAAGAGGGUGCUCAGUCCGGUUUGAAAGGUCUCAGGCCAUGUUGCUGGGCCUGGACCUUCUGAUUUGCACAGUCAUGUUAACUGACCUAGCACUUCCUUCAGAGAUGCUUUGCCCUUAGACCUGCCAAACCAUUGCAUGGUGGUGGGAUCCCAGCAUCCAGAGGCUUCGGAAGGCCAGGUGCCUGCGUAAUCUCACCCUCAGCUCGAGUCUCAUGGACCCAACUCUGAGGAGCUUCCUCCUCAGAGAGUGGAACUUGUGGCAUUUUUCUCCCUUGCCCUUCUGCCCUUCCCCAUGCCGGGGCGCACGUGUCUGUCUGUGGGGCUGACAGGCAGGCCAAGCUCUUGGUUACCUUGUGCCAUUUCACGGCCAAAGUGAAGGAACCACAUUCCAGGUGGGAGCUGGCGGUUCUGAAGGUCAGGAUAGUGAAGGAAAAACAAUAGCAAUAAUCAUUUCAUACUCAUGGAACUGAAGGGACCUUAGCAUUCAUCAUCUCAUCCAUUCCCCUAUUUGACAGAUGAGGAAACUGAGGCCCAGAGAAGCAGAAAGGACUUCUCUGAACCUCAUAGUAAAUUAGCGUUAAAUGCAGCCUUCCUACCUACUGGCUUUUUGCCUACAAAAAAUUAGCAAGGGAUGGAUUGUCUUGGCUUUGUAAAAAUUAAGUCAGCAGUGCCCACAUCUGGUGAGCUCUGGAAUGACCUCUGGGCUUCUUUCUGCUAUUUUCCCUCACGGACUCCAAAGGUGGGGGUUGAAGACUAGGCAGAGGCCACACAGGGCAGAUGGCAGGAACAGAAAUUGCAUUUGGAAAGCCUGUGAAGACAUCUGGAGUGUUCAUCCUCUAAGAAAAGGCGCGGGUGAGCUGGCUGGAAGAGACUUUGCACUUAGAAAAGCAGCCCUCUAUCCCAAGAAGAGAGGGAGAAUGGGAGCCACCAAAAGAGGAGGCCAAGGAGGAGGCCAAGCAGAUAAAACCACAUCUGGGAGAAGAAGAGGGACCCCUGGGACAGGGAAGUCCUUCCUAGACUCAGCUAGGAAAUGGAUUGGCCGCCACCUUCCUGUGCCUGCCUAGCACAGCCAAUAGCCUCACUGGGUGGAACAGGAAUAUCUUACUGUGUAAAAUUGGAUCACUGGUAACAUUUGAGACUCGAACUACUUUCAUUUUAAAUUCAUGUGAACUUGGACAUCACCUUCCUCCUAUUCCCCCUAAGGGAAGAAAAAAAUGGAAGCCCUUGAGCUGGAAUGACCUCAGAAACAGUCAGACUGUUCCCGGGAGGUCAGAGUCCAUCAGCAUCAACAAGGUUUUCUUUCCAAACAAAGGUUUGCAGUGUUGGUCUGCUUUUUACAAUGCCUCCUCCUACCCUCUUUGGUUUUGUAGAGGUGGAUGAAGGUUGCUGUAGAUUAUGUCUUAUAUGUCUGAAAAUGCCAAAAUAGUAAUGGCGGUAAUAAUUACAGGAUACCCCUGUACGUGUCAAAGCACUUCACAGCCUUGGACUGGCCCUGGGAGUAAGCAGCAGGGCCAGCUAUACUACCCACUCGACAAAAGUGGAAACAGAUUCUAGAAGGAAAUGAAAUGGCCCCAAAUGAGCUGUAUGCUGGAAUCCUGGCAGGCUUCCUAGACCCUGUGGCCUUCAGGUGACCUGGUAAAAGAGACAAAAAGAGACCUAGGAAUGACUUCUUAAUGUUUGUUCUUUCCACACCAGUAAGUAAAUGCUGUUUGUGCCCCUCAUAGUUCAUGUGGUUUAUGCCUGAGAUGAAGGCAUGAUGCCUGCUAUUUAAUUCAUAGAGAAUCCAAGGCUCAGAAAAGGACAGGGACUUUCUGGUAAGGAAUCCCCUGCUGGCUCUAGUCUCUCUAAGCCUGAUCCACACACAGGCUCAUGUUCUGAAGCAUCUGUGCUCUGUACCCCAUCUUAGAACUAAUCUGUGAUUCAAGAUCAGAAAGGCCCCAAGGUGAAAAUCAAGUGUUGACAUGCUGUAGUCUAGAGAACCAGACCAAUUAACCUUUUUUCAGUAAGAGCACAAGAGCCCCAGUUCAGUUCUGGCAAGCUUGGGGAGUCAUAGCAAAGGGACUGAGCCCCAGAGUGCAGUGUGUGUGUGCCUUGGGUUAGAUGAACACCGACAGCUCUGGCAGGGUCAUAGGUACCUAGCAGGGGUACCCUAGGUAUCAUCUAAAGAAAGAUUCUGGAUGGCCCAGUGGUCAAGAUAGAUGAGGCCAGAGCUGGAAAGGGCCUCUCACUGUAGGACAAGGGAUGUGCACAUGACACCAUGAGCUGCCACACUGGCAUCACGACACACACACAAGUGGUGGAGGUGGCUUUGUUCACCAGCCCCCCUUUGCACCAUGUGACCAUCUUCAGCAGCCCUGGGCCAGGAGCUGGACUACUCCCAGUGAGUAAAAGCCUGAAAGUCUCUUGCCAUGCUUUCAAAACAAAAAAGCAAAAAACAACUGUAUUUCUUCCUAUGAGAUGAAACACUUUUUCCUUCUUGUUACCCUGACAAUGACUCUGAAGUGCAUACCCCCUUCCCUGAGUAUUCACCAGGGACACACACAUCUAUCGGUCCAAACUUCUUUUUGUAUGUAAAGUACUUUGACACUGAUUGCCAAAACCAAUACUUUAAAGAUAGGGGGUGAGGUCAUGAUGCUCUGAAGGGGUAAGAGACUUGUCCAGGGACACACAGCUCAUGAGCGAAAGAGCCAAGAUUUGAAUUCCUGAUCCUCUGCUCUUCUGCUGCCCCACACAAGGAAGAGUUUGUAGAGACUUGGGGGAGCUCCUGUCUGUUAGCUGGGCAGAUUUUUGAGAAUUUCUGCUUUAGGCCGAGACUUAUAAUAGGCCCUGGGGGUAAAUCCAGCUGAGAAGUUGCCACAAAAGACCUAACUCGGAACACCCAAGGUGACACUGUCCAGUCCUGAAGAUGAUUGAGGACAGUCCCAGGCAUCUUUGAGCAGGGAGUCUUGCUUCUUGGAAGCCUGCACACUCUGGCUCUCUGACUCUCUGACUCCUGUGCAGGUCCAACAAGGCACUUCAAGGGGACAUGGCAUAAGCCUGAACUUCUGAAAGCAUGUCUGGACUGGAGUCCUCAGGCUUGCUUGUUCACCAGUGAGAACCAGGUCCUAGAGAGACUAACUAGGCUCCGUGCAUCCCAGUGCUUUCUGGCCAUCUAGAUGGUUCCAUGUUUGAGACCUAGAGGUUUCUUUGGAAGGCUUGAUGCUCUGUCCUGAAUAGCCUUCAGAAAUGAGUCAUGGGAGCAUAAAAGUAGGACAGGUCCCUUGGUCACCAGUUCUGGCAUCCUGACACAUCAAACAAGGCAUGCUGACCCGGCUUAGUUCCCUGCAUAUCAAAUAUCUUGGCCCUGCUAUGGGCUCUGUGGUCUUCACAGCAUUCUGGCUGAAUCAGUCAUCAUCCAUGUGUGACUCAUGUUCAGGGAGCUCUGCCUUUCCAUCUUGUGUCAACCAUAGCACUGCUGAGUGUGGCCCCUAGUAUCUUGUUAAGCCUGGGAACCUAGAGAAGGGCAGCCAGGGUAGGAGUGGACAAAGGGAAGCAAAUCAGUGAAAGAAACUCAGCCAGGCUCACUGGUCAGAUGACACCUGAGUCUCUAGACAGACUUCUAUGGACAUGCCAGGCUGGCAGCAGGCUUGUCCUUUCCCUACGCCUGUUCCUUCUCCUAGAAAAAUCUUGUGAAAUUCAGCAUCAUGUGGUUCCACAACUUAGCCUUUGAAAUUCCCAGCAGGCCAGCUUCAACAUUCCAUGGCCAGACUUGCCUGAGCCAGACUUGGGUCCCAUUCUCUCAGUUUCUCCUGCAGGUAUUUCCUAAUUUACAAACCGUUGAUGCCAGUCAGAACGCCAGCCAGGAACACAGGAGUUGAAACUGGUUGCCACAGAGCCAAAGAUCACCUGCUUCACUGUGGCUGCUACAUCCAUAGUCCUUAGGUAUCCCUGCUGUGGCAGUGUGUCCUUUAUCCAUUCCAGCCCGAGGGACCAUUUCUUUCCCAAGAGAACAGAUACAACAGCUUUACAGAUAGCAGCAGCCCACAGGAAUCAAAUGAGUGAAAUCUGCUUUGGGCUUAACCCUAGCAUCUAUCCUUGACCCCAGCUCAGCCAUCCUGGCUCCAGCCAUCUUCCUCAUGCAUGAAAGUCAGACUAAGUAAAGAGUAGGACUGGCCCAGAGACCUCAUGUCAGCCAGAUCGACUGGAUCUGUCUUGUGAACCAUUCUCCUUACAAGGUGAGGCAAGGCUAGGCCUCCUGCACCUUGGAGUUGUCUUUGAUCUUUGAAGGCCCAGGGCCUGUUCCCCUUCCUGUCUUCAAGGCAUCUGCAUCCCUCUUUCAUAUCACAUGACAGAGAAGCUUGUUCUCAUGGCAUGUAACAUCCCUGUGAAGAGAGCGUUGUGUAUGAUUUUGUAUUUUUUAAUUCAUUUUAACCUACAGGUUGGAAUCUAAUUUUUAAAUUUUAUUGGAACUCACAUUUUAAAAACAAAUAAAAACAUUGAAAAAUAAUAAUUAUAAUAAUAAACCUUUGACCGGUGUCUUCCAAGUA